UCUCUAUAUCUCUGUCAUCUCCCCUCCCAAUUUUGUAACUUCCUUUUUCUCUUUAAAUGAUAUUUUUUGAUGAAUAGAAGUUCUUAAUUUAAUGUAAUCUAAUUUAUUGGUAUUUUCUAUUAUGAUAGUUGCUGUGGACUGAAUGUUUGUGUCUUCCAAAAUUCAUAUGUUGAAAUCCUAAUUUGCAAGGUGAUGGCAUUAGGAGAUGAUGAGGUCAUGUGGGCAGUACCCUCAUGGAAGAGACCCCAGAAAGCCACUCAUCCCUUCCGCCAUGCAAAGACAACAAAAAAAUGCUUUCUCUGAACCAGGAACUCUAAAGUUUCCUCAGUUUCGCCUAAUGUCUUAGCUGUGAUAAAGUGGCUCAGCCCACUGGGGGCCUUCCAUGUGGAGGAAGGAACCUGUGGAACAGGUUUGUUGUGAAGAGAGCUUCCUGUGUUCCGGGGCACACCACGUCAGUCUCCUCAGCCCUUUGAGUGACAUCCCUUUGAGUGAUGGGCUCUUGCAACAGAUGGAGAAAUUGCUCCUGAUUCUAAGGAGGAGAACCUUUAUGUUCAAGUCUUUGCUGUAAAACUGAACAUUACUCAAACAAGAUAUUAUCCAAAUAUCAACGCAGAUCCAGAUCCUCUGAACUUUCCUCUUCUGUGAUUCAUCAUAGAUGCCAUCAUUUGUUUUCUGAAAGCCCCCAGGAACAUGGUGUUUUGUUACUGGGGACAAGACCUGAUUCUCGAAUUGCAGUAGCAACAGCCAUCCAGAGCCAUCAGAAGAGUGACUACCUUCAUGCUGAGCUAGAGGCACUUGAGUACACUUGAGAUCCAUCUGACCCAAUUCCUCGUUCCAAGGUAGAAUGAAGCCACACCAGAUUUUGUGACUUCAAGGUCUCUCAUUACCUGUGCCCAGAACACCUGAUUAGAUUCCAUGGCGAGUACAAAUAACGUGACCGAGUUAAUUAUCGUCGGUCUUUUCCAGGAUCCAGAGGUGCAGAGAGGGUGCUUUGUGGUGUUUCUUCUGGUGUACCUGGCCACAGUGGUGGGCAAUGGUCUCAUUGUUCUGACAGUCAAUGUCAGUAAGAGUCUGCAUUCCCCCAUGUACUUCUUCCUUAGCUACUUGUCCCUGGUGGAGAUCACUUACUCCUCUACUGUUGUCCCUAAAUUCAUGACAGACUUACUUGCCAAGAUUAAAACCAUCUCGCUGGAGGGCUGUGUGGCUCAGAUAUUCUUCUUCCACUUCUUUGGAGUUACUGAGAUCUUCCUGCUGACGGUAAUGGCCUAUGACCGCUACGUGGCCAUUUGCAAACCCCUUCACUACACAACUAUCAUGAGCCGGUCUGUGUGUCGCCUUCUGGUGGCUGGAUCCUGGCUCGGGGGCUUUUUUCAUUCCAUGGUCCAGAUUAUUAUCACUCUCCAGUUGUCUUUCUGUGGUCCCAAUGUGAUUGACCACUACUUCUGUGACCUCCAUCCCUUAUUCAAGCUUUCCUGCACUGACACUUCUGUGGAGGGGGUUAUUGUGUUGGCCAACAGUGGAUUAUUUUCUAUCUUCUCCUUCCUCCUCCUGGUGUCCUCCUAUAUUGUCAUCCUGUACAACCUGAGGAACCAUUCUGCAGAGGGGAGGCGCAAAGCCCUCUCCACCUGUGCCUCUCACAUCACAGUGGUCCUCUUGUUCUUUGGACCUGCCAUCUUCCUCUACAUGCGGCCUCCCUCUACUUUCACUGAGGACAAACUGGUGGCCGUGUUCUACACAGUUGUAACCCCUAUGCUGAACCCCAUCAUCUACACACUCAGGAAUGCAGAAGUGAAAAAUGCCAUGAGGAAGCUGUGGGGGAAGAGAAUGAAUUCAGGGAGGGACUAA